AUGGAAAUAACUCCAACAGUUUAUUCUGUUGCAUUUAUUGAAAUAAUCCCAAUAACAAUUUUAAUUCCUUCUUCUCUUUUAAAUUUAUUUUUAUUGUGGAAAAGUUGUGUUUUAAAUAAUAAUUCUAAAAUUAUUCUUAUUUCACAAAGUAUUGCUAUUUUUAUUUAUUCUUCAAUUCGGUUAUUUGUGUAUGUUAAUUUUUAA